AUGGGGAGGGUGGGCGAAUACGAACUGUUCGAAACCGUCGGCGCAGGUGCUUUCAGCAAGGUAAAACGGGUAAUACAUAUUCCUACUGGUGCGUGUUUCGUGGCGAAAAUUAUACCCAAAAACAACCAACGAGUGGAGAAUGAUAUUCGUGUGGAAAUUUCGAUUCUUAGAAGACUGAGGCAUCGAAAUAUAGUUCAACUAGUGGAAAUCUUGGAGAGUCCCAAUAACUACUACAUUAUUCUUGAGCCUGUUCUUGGAGGAGAUGUUUGUAACCUUAUUUCCUCUCAAGAUGGUGCCCUUGCGGAGGAAGUGGUAGCUGGAUUAUUUUUUCAACUGCUAGCUGGUGUUCGUGCCUGUCACCAAAAUGGUGUGGCACAUCGAGACUUAAAACCGGAUAAUCUCCUUUUAACAGAGGACAAUGUGUUGAAAAUAUCCGAUUUUGGACUAAGUCGAUUACAUAAGCAAAGUAAUUUUCACGCGGAAAUUGAUGAGUAUGCCCAUACACUUACAGGAACUCUUGCUUAUGUGGCACCGGAAGUUUUUGGCCGCACUUAUGAUGCUUUUAAGGCUGAUAUUUGGUCUAUGGGAUGUAUUCUUUAUGCGUUAUUGACAAGUUGUUUUCCCUUUGGAUAUACGGCCGAUGCACGGGAGCUGGAGGAACGUAUUAAAAUGGGACGCAUUUGCACGAUGCCAGAAUCAGUGAGUGAAGAGGCAAGAAAGUUAACAUUGUGGCUUAUGUCACGCCGUCCGGAAGAUAGACCCUCGUUGGACCAGGUGGCUUUGCAUCCUUUUUUGAAGAGUCACAUACCAAUGAAACAUGUUUUGGCGCUCACGAGGAACAAGCAGCGAAAACUCCUCGCAGCAAACCCUGACGAUUUUAGUAGUGAGGUUCAUGAUGAAGAAAAACAAGACAAGGCAAAAGAUUCCUAUUUUUUGGAUACCGAGGCAUCUGGAAAGCGUGGUUUCAAACAACCCUCCGGUGUGCCCUCUAAAACGAUGGAGAUAUCAAGAAGGAAUUGA